GGAAGUGAAGCAAAGUGAGGGAGAGGUCCGCACCGCCGCCGUGUUCAGUGAAGGAGCCUCGGCCGACGGGUGCUCUCCGUCCGUGUCUCAACAACAGGCCGUUUCCACACUUGUGAAUUACAAUGAACAGGCCACUGAGCCAUUGACCUUCUCGUAACAUUCCUGAAAAUGCCCUAUGCGUGUUGCUUUGAGCUAGAAGAUGGCGGAGUCGGAUGGCGGGGAUUUUGCUUCGCAGUAUCCACAGAACAGUAUGGCUAACAAGAAUAGCACCCUGCGCUGUUCAUUCUCGGCCCCAAGCCACAGUGCCAUCCUCCUCCAGGGCUUGUCGUUUUUGCGGUCUCGGGGCCAACUCCUUGACGUCGUGCUUGCCAUCAACGAGGAGCGCUUCCAGGUUCACAAAGCCGUGCUGGCCGCCUGUAGUGAUUACUUCAGAGCAAUGUUCACCGGAGGCAUGAGGGAGUCAAGUCAAGAUACCAUUGAGCUGAAGGGUCUGUCUGCCCGUGGUCUGAAGCAUAUCAUUGACUUCGCCUACAGUUCAGAGGUCACAUUGGACCUUGACUGUAUUCAGGAUGUCCUUGGAGCUGCUGUCUUUCUCCAGAUGGUUCCAGUCGUGGAGCUCUGCGAGGAGUUCCUCAAGUCAGCGAUGAGCGUGGAGACCUGCUUGCACAUCGGUCAGAUGGCCACAACCUUCAGCCUGUCUUCCCUCAAAGAAUCGGUGGAUGCCUUCACCUUCCGACACUUCCUCCAAAUUGCAGAGGAGGAGGAUUUUUUGCACAUUCCCAUGGAGCGCCUUGUCUUCUUCCUGCAUAGCAACAAACUCAAAAACUGUAGCGAGAUUGACCUCUUUCACGCUGCCAUCAAGUGGCUCAAGUAUGACGAGUCGCGUCGGGCUCAAGCCAGCAGCGUCCUCUGCCACGUGCGCUUCCCCCUCAUGCGCUCCUCGGAGCUGGUGGACAGUGUUCAAACUGUGGACAUCAUGGUGGAGGACGUGCUGUGUCGCCAGUUUCUCCUCGAGGCCUUCAAUUAUCAGAUUCUUCCCUUCCGGCAGCAUGAGAUGCAAUCUUCUCGUACACUCAUACGCUCUGACGUCAUGUCACUCAUUACCUUUGGCGGGACGCCGUACACUGACAAUGACCGCACAGUGAGCACCAAGGUGUACCACCUCCCCGACAUCGCCUCCCGACAGUUCAAAGAGCUUACAGAGAUGGAGCCGGGCUGCAGCCAUGCUUGUGUCUCAGUGCUUGAUAACUUUGUGUAUGUUGUGGGUGGACAGCACUUGCAGUAUCGCAGUGGUGAGGGUGCCGUUGACAGCUGCUACCGCUACGACCCGCAUCUCAGCCAGUGGCUGCGCAUCCAACCCCUGCAGGAGGCCCGGAUCCAGUUUCAGCUCCAUGUUCUUCAUGGACAGCUGUAUGCCACUGGGGGGCGCAAUCGGUCUGGCAGUCUGUCAUCUGUAGAGCGUUACUGCCCUAAGAAAAAUCUGUGGACUUAUGUGGAGCCAUUAAAACGUAGGAUUUGGGGUCAUGCAGGGACACCAUGUGGAGGGAAACUGUAUAUAUCAGGGGGUUAUGGGGUCUCACUGGAAGACAAGAAAACACUCCACAGCUACGACCCAGUUUCAGACCAGUGGGACUUCAGAGCUCCCAUGAAUGAGCCCAGAGUUUUGCAUGCCAUGAUCAGCACCGGAGGUCGAGUGUAUGCUCUGGGCGGUCGCAUGGACCAUGUGGACCGUUGUUUUGACGUGCUAGCAGUCGAGUAUUACAUUCCAGAAAAUGACCAGUGGACCACCGUCAGCCCAAUGAGAGCCGGGCAGUCUGAGGCGGGCUGCUGUUUACUGGACAGGAAGAUCUACAUCGUAGGGGGCUACAACUGGCAUCUUAACAACGUCACAAGCAUCGUGCAGGUGUACAACACGGACACAGAUGAGUGGGAGAGGGAUUUGCACUUCCCAGAAUCCUUUGCUGGCAUUGCUUGUACACCAAUAAUAAUUCCACAAAACACAACGCAACACUAACCAUCCGACCUGUGACUGUGAAGAUUUCAUUCCAUGUGCUCUUUCUGCCGAACCUGAGUCAACACAAAGUGUGAAUAUUAUGUAAGCUACUGUGUGUGUUUGUAUACGUGUUUGUGUGUGUGUGUGUGUGUGUUUGUCUGUGUGUGUACUGUAUGUGUGAGUGUGCUCAUUGAUUUGAGGAAACAACUGUAAAAGUAACCAAGCACAAUUAUUUCCUACCUGUCUCACAUUCAUUAGCUAGUCCUCGCCAAAUGAAGUGUAAAAACACGAGUAUUAACUACAUUUUUAACACUUUUUUUUCCUGAAAGAACAUUAUUUAGUCCAUAGACGUUUUGUAAUGUCACCGGUCAAGGGCUUAUGUUACAGACAGCACAAGUCAUCUCGGAAAUCUCCGUUUUGACUGAAACUCUUGAGUUGUCUUGUGUGUUUGAAAAGGUGUUAACCAACUCUACCUUCUAUAUUGUGUUAGACAUUUUGAUUGUACCAUUGUGAAUGUUUUAGUUUUGUUUGCUUCUUUUUUCCUUUUUUUUUAAUGUUUCAGACAAUCGAGCUGAAGGAAAAUCUUUCUCUUUAUGUCUCCUUAUUUGAAGUACUUAACAAACCACUUAUUAAUGCACAGUGAUGACUGCACAGAUAAACACAAGCACUUGUUGUGCUGUUUAAUUUAAAGUAAGAUUUGAAUGUUGACGGGCUCCUUGUUUUUCACAAGUAUAGUGACUGCCAGUGUGUUUUUCUGAAUCCAACAGUAGCUCACUAAGUGUUAUCUCAGUCAACAUAACAAAUCAGUGUGGAUCUCUUGAGGCAGCUACAUGACCUAUUCUAGUGGUGAAAUGCCAUCGUGUGCUGCUGUAUGUCAGAGUAGUGCUACAUCAUGCGUACCACACAUGCUUAUAUUCUUAUAUGAUGGUAAUACUGACGGUUUUUUAUUAUCCGUGGAAAAUAGUACUUAAUCUGUCUGUUUGCAGUGUUUGAAGCAGGCUCCUGUUUUUAUUUUUUUGGGCCAUUUCUGCACUUUUCAGAGCAGUAUUUGUCAGAACAUGAUUCUAUUUGGGUGUGCAUGGAAAAAUCAAGCUUUAAGUUCUUGUUUUUUUUCUUUAAGAUGCAACCAUCUGUGCUGUUGGGGAGUGUCUGUUUUUAAACUGUCACUUGUUUGCCUUAGUGUGUGUUUGUAUUGUUGUGACUGUACAAGGAAAAGCACAUGCUAUCAUGUUGAAGUGCAAUAUAAAGGAUAUCGCUUUAGUCAUACGGGAAUGUACAAGAUCGUGUAUGUGCAUCCUUUAUUAAAGGUGUGUCAUGUUUUUAAAAAAAAAAUACCUUUCA